CUUAACCCUGCCAUGGCCACAAAAGCCACCAGCUCUAAGAAAUACCUCCAGCUGCUCCUUUUUCAGUUGGCUCUUCUAGGGCCUGUCUUCUGCGGGAACGUGUUGGUCUGGCCAACAGAAGGCAGCCACUGGCUGAAUGUGAAGAUAGUCAUAGAGGAGCUCACCCGCCGCGGGCACAGUGUUACCAUCCUGGUAUCCAACGCCUCCCUCUUCAUUAAACCCAGGGCUGAAGCCACAGAGAAGUUUGAGGUCUAUAACGUGCCCUUCAAGAAAGACACUGUUGAGAACCUGAUUGAGGAGGUAGUGGCACUGUGGCUGAAUAACAGGCCAACCACCUUGACCUUCUGGCAGUUUUACAAGGAGCUGGGAAAACUCUCCAAAAACUGGCACCGGAUGAACAGGCUCAUGUGCGACGCGGUGCUAAGCAACCGAGAGCUGUUGGCCCACCUGCAGGGGUCUAGCUAUGACCUGCUGCUGUCAGACCCGGUGACCCUCUGCGGGGACCUCCUGGCUCUCAAGCUGGCUGUCCCCUUCAUCUACUCGCUGCGCUUCUCCCCGGCCUCCACCGUGGAGAGGCACUGCGGCAAGAUCCCAGCCCCACCGUCCUACACGCCUGCAGCCCUGUCUGAGCUCACCGACCGCAUGUCCUUCAGUGAGAGAAUAAAAAACAUCGUGUCUUACCACCUGCAAGACUACGUUUUCCAGAGCUACUGGGGAGAAUGGGAUAUCUACUACAGCAAGGUCUUAGUGUUGGUCUGGCCGGCUGACAACAGCCACUGGCUGAACAUGGAGUACAUACUCCAGGAGCUUGUGGUCCGGGGCCAUGAGGUGACUGUGCUGCUGCCUUCGUGCUUCCUCAUCCUCAACCCCGCAGAGCCCUCACCCUUCCGGUUCGAGGUGGUUGAGGUGCCAAUCACCAAAAAGGAGAUGGCUACCUUACUGGAAGAGGCUUUAUAUUUCUGGUUUUACCAGGAGAGCACGCUACCUGUCUGGGUAAGUCUUUACAAGAUAGCUCAGCUGGUGUACAAGCUGGAGAACGUAACCAAAAUCAUUUGUGAUGAAGUCCUGAAGAACGAGGCGCUGCUGGAGAGACUGAGAGCAUCCACCUUUGAUGUCCUCUUGGCAGACCCACUGGCACCCAGCGGGGAGCUGUUUGCUGAGAAGCUGGGUAUACCCUUCGUGUACACCAUCCGGUUCUCCAUAGGCAACACGGUGGAGCGGCUCUGUGGGACACUCCCGGCACCUCCUUCCUACGUACCAGCCACCCUAAGUCGCCUAACAGAUAGGAUGUCCUUCCUGGAAAGACUAAAAAACAUCUUUACCUUCAUUGUGCAGGAUAUCAUGUAUCAUUACCUUCUCUGGGGAAGCUGGGAUCAGUACUACAGUGAUGUUUUAGGAAGGCCCACAACCCUCUGUGAGACAAUGGGGAAAGCAGAGAUAUGGUUAAUCAGAACAUACUGGGAUUUUGAAUUUCCACGCCCUUUCCUGCCCAACUUUGAGUUUGUUGGAGGACUUCACUGCCAGCCUGCAAAGCCGUUACCAAAGGAAAUGGAAGAAUUUGUUCAGAGCUCAGGGGAACAUGGCAUUGUGGUAUUCUCUCUCGGGUCAAUGGUCUACAACCUAACUGAUGAAAAAAGUAAUGUGAUUGCCAGAGCCCUCAGCCAGCUUCCACAAAAGGUCCUCUGGCGGUACAAAGGAAAAAAACCAGAAACUUUGGGCUCCAACACCAGGAUUUAUGACUGGAUACCCCAAAAUGACCUGCUUGGCCACCCCUUGACAAAAGCUUUCAUUACUCAUGGCGGGACCAAUGGGAUCUAUGAAGCUAUCUACCACGGGAUCCCGAUGGUUGGGAUUCCCAUAUUUGCUGACCAGCAUGACAACAUUGCUCACAUGAGGGCAAAGGGAGCUGCAGUUGAGCUGGAUUUCAGCACAUUGAAGACACAGGACCUAGUUGAUGCACUGAAUACAGUCAUUAACAAUUCCACCUAUAAAGAAAAUGCUCUAAGGUUAUCCAAGAUACACCAUGACCAGCCAGUUAAGCCUCUGGACAGAGCUGUCUUCUGGAUUGAAUUUGUCAUGCGUCAUAAAGGAGCAAAGCACUUGAGACCAGCUGCUCACCACCUCACUUGGUACCAGUACCACUGCCUGGAUGUUCUGGCGUUCUUGUUCACCUGUACAGCUAUUGCUGCCUUCAUUCUUGUCAAGUGCUGCUUAUUUUGCUGUAACAGAUGUGGCAGGAUUGCAAAGAGGAAGAAAGAAUAGACAUCCUGUUCCCAUCAGCACUUCUUCUUCUCCUAGGCUGAUUCAGCAAGGCAUUUCUUGGUGAAUAAAAUUAUUAGGAUAUACUUUAAGCUGGGCAUAUCAUGAAGCACCCACCUAAACUGGGUCAUGCUAAAAAGCCGUUGUGCAGCAGAGCUGCUUGCUUAGCCAGCAAAUUCCUUCUGGCCUAAACAAGAUUGAAUUAUAGUUGCUUUAGCCUCUGGGACCCUAUUAGCUGAUCACACACGGUCCCUAGACUGGGAAUUGCUGCUCUGAUUUUUCAACUUCAUUUUGGUACAUUUCAUAAAUUCAGCCUUCCCAUGUGUGGUACUGUGGAUCCUUCAAUCUGCAGCUCGUCUCCCUACCUUAACUCUGUCCUCUCUUAUAAUGUCACCCAGGCUUGAUGAUUCACAAUCAAAAAGCCGCUCCUGUCAGAACAGCUCUCUCCAGAUUGGACAGUGAAGCUAAGAUCAUGGGCUGCUAAAAAGCAUCCAUCUGAAUGGCCAAGAUCAUGAAAAACUGGGAGCUGCAAGUGGCUGGUGAAGCCCUUAUCAUCACAUAUUUACAAAUGCACUGACUGCUUGGGGGCAGAGGGGAGACCAGAGUCCUAAAACCAGCAGAGAAAUUACUUUUCUGAGAAUCAUUUCUUUUCCAUUCAGUCUGGAAUCCUACUGCAUAGGCCAUCAUUCUAACUGCAACACUACAGGGGUGUUGAAACCACCUGUCAGGAACUUGUCCAUCUUUACCCUCCAAUGCCUCUGAGCCAUGCUAACUGAUAAAUGCAGGAAAACCUCUAGAGAUGGAAUUUGCAAUGAAGUAACAUUACAUGUGGGAACAGUGCAAUAGUCAACUGCCUUGUCUGAAAAGUUGGGCGUGAAAAUAAUGCUGCUCUCGGCUCAUGUAAGAGUGGUAGUAGAUGCAGCUCUCCUGAAAUUGUUCAAGGUGCACUUACUGAUGAAAGCCUACGAAAAUGAUGCUAGUUCAGGCCUCCUGUUCUACGUAAGGUUAUUCCACUGCUUUAGCAGCUUACUCAAGAAAGAACCCGCUCCAAUUUUAACUGAUAUCUGCUGUAUUCUGGACGCUGCAGAAUUGUUUUCAAACAGAACAGGCUGAGAAAGCAUGUUAUAUUUGUUUACUUAAUAAAGUUCCCUACACUACA